CCUACAUAGAUUUCAGUAAGUUCCCUGCCCAGUGCCUGACGUUGCUUUUCUGGUUCACCUACAAAGGAGAGACUGAGUUCUCUCUUUAAAAGCAGGUGACUUUUCAUGGGAAACGUAUUUUCUGAAGAGCAAAACCAGUUCAGGAUGCAAAAAAUAAAAUUUUUUUCUUUUGUGCUGGUGAUGGCAGUGAGCAUUUUUCUUUUUAUUCUUUCUUGGGAUAAUUAUGAAGGACAAUCAAAUUGGAAAGUCUUCUCAAGACAAAAACUUCCUGGAGGUGAAGAUACAUUGAUUAAUGUUGUGCAAAGGAUAAGAAACCUGAAUCGAUUAUCUGGUUUGAAGACACAGAUUGGAAAGAAAAUAAAUAAAACCGACAUUUACUCCCAGGGAAACGUUAAAACUCAAAGCAGAAACCCUGAGAAUCCUAUCGCCAUCAUGGGUUUAAGUUCCUUCAACAAACUUCCUCAGUGGAGUUUUGAGGAUAUUUACAAUCUGGAUGCUCCACUAAGAACAACAACGUGUCCGCAGUCUCUGCGUAACUCCAAGGACGAGGACUUCCAGAAAGUUUUCCUUCCCAACAUUCGCAUGUUUCUGCACAAAGACAACUUCGGCAUCAGAGAGUGGAACCGGCUCUCGCACUUCAACAAUCCUUUUGGUUUUAUGGGAAUGAAAUACAGCGAUAUAGUGCCUGUAGUGAAGCAGAUCCCAAAGCCCAAAGAGCCGCUGCUCCUCCCAAAGCCGGGGGGCGACGGCUGCAUCCGCUGCGCCGUGGUGGGAACGGGCGGCAUCCUGAAAGGCUCAAAGAAGGGCGCUGAGAUUGAUGCUCACGACUACGUGUUUCGGGUGAAUGGUGCGGUGAUCAACGGCUACGAGGAGGACGUAGGGAAAAGAACGUCGGUUUAUGUUCACACCGCUCAUUCAGUCACAGCAUCCAUUCCAAUAUUCCAGGAGUACGGAUACAAAUCUGCCCCGCAUGACGAAGGAAUAAAGUAUGUCCUGAUUCCUGAGGGUCAGAGGGAUUUCGAGUGGCUCCAGGGUCUUCUCAAAGGAGAAAAAGUUUCCUCCGGUGAAUACACAGGUCAUGAACCCAGAUCUUAUUACUCAGGACAGUUCAGUGAGGAUCGUUUCUACGUUCUGCACCAGGAUUUCAUGAGAUACGUUCGAAACAGGUUUUUGAGUUCAAAUAACCUUAGAGGAGAAUACUGGUCAAUUGUCCGACCAACCAACGGGGCGUUUACUCUCUUUGUGGCUCUGCACACAUGCGACACGGUGAGUGCAUAUGGAUUUAUGACAGAAGACUACAGCAAAUACUCAAACUAUUAUAUGGAGAAGCGUUUGACCGAAGUAACUUUCUACAUCAACCAUGAUCUCAUUCUGGAGAAAAAUCAGUGGAAAAGCCUUCACGACAAAAAAGUACUGAAGCUGUAUCAAAGAACUGGGUCAGAAAAGCAAACCGGUCCCUGAUUCAGCGUCAGGAGUCAAGAAGACCUGAAAAAAUAUGAUGGUGUUAAUUAUUUAUGUGACUGUACUUUACCUUAAGCUUAUUUAAAUGACCUUUAUGUACACAGAAAGACUUGUGUAAAUAUUUAUUGUAAAAUAAUGUCCUACAGAUGGACUGUAUUGAAUGCUGAAAUGAAGAAUAUUUUUACAUUUA